AGCCCGUUUAAUAUUAUAUCCAUCUUGAAGCCAUCGUCCUCGAUUCACCGAAGAAGCGAUUAACAUGGAGGUGCUUCCGAACGUGGCCGCGUACUCCCGGAACUUCGCCGUCAUGGUCCGCUCCCUAGGCCCAGACCCCAAGGGCUUCAAGAUGCGCAACCAUCCUUUCCACCUCCAUCAGACAGGAAUUACAACCCUUUCAGCCUCAGGGAUUUUACUGCCUGCUGGUUGCCUCAGCACUCGACCCCCAAUCUUUGAUCAUGUUUGCGGCAUUCAUGGACACCACGGCCAUCUCGUUGUCACCACUGCCUCGUUGGUGGAGCCCUUUCUGAGUCCUGAAUACAGGAAUAAGGCCACUCAGGAAUUUUCACCAAAAUUGAUUUCUUCUGCUCAUGUUGAUGUUCUGGUAGAGGGAGAGGAAAGAAGAAACAACAAAGAUCAUAAUACAAAUCCUCUCUGGCAUAGCUGCAAAAUUUUGGCAUUGGUUGAUGUUACUGCAUCUUCCAUUGCUCUUCAAUCCUUGGUUGGAGGUGAGAAUAUUUUGCAAAGUUCUUCAUGGGAUGUGGGUUUUUCCUUCGCUAGUCGGGAUGACAACAAUGAGACAAUGCUACCUACUCUCUCGCAGAUGGUAAAGUCAAUCUCAAGAAUUGCUAUUCUUGGAGUUUCAGGAUUAGAACUGAAGAACAUUCUGCCUUUAAAUAUUUCUCAAGAUCAACAAAGAGGAGAUUUACUUCUGGCUAUGGGUUCUCCUUUCGGAAUCAUGUCUCCAUUGCACUUUCUUAAUAGUGUGUCUUUUGGAACUGUUGCAAACUGCUGCUCUUCUUGUUCUGUUCAAAAUUCAUUACUGCUUGUUGACAUUCGUGGUCUUCCAGGAAUGGAAGGUGGUCCUGUUUUUGAUAGACAUGCUUGCCUCAUAGGCAUGCUGACAUGUCCAUUAAGACAAAAAAACAGCAACACAGAAAUCCAGCUUGUAAUCACAUGGAAUGCAAUAACAAUUGCAUGGCGAAAACGACUGCAAGAAUCUCAAGAUUCCCAGCAAGAACUGACAGGAAGGUACUUGGACAAAGAGAGCAGUGUGUUGCAUGACUUUGCUUAUCCAAAGGCUAGCAGAUGCCUACCUGAAAUUGGUAGUCUUUACCAUGUGACUUCACUAGGAAGAGCUAUGUCUUCAAUUGUACUUAUUUCAGUAGGUGGGUCCUGGGCUUCUGGCACCAUACUCAAUCGACAAGGUCUGAUACUAACAAAUGCCCAUGUCUUGGAACCAUGGAGAUUUGUUGGAAAAUCAUUAGUAAAUCUGAUGAAGAAAAGAACUGCAAUCCUUGCUGAAGAUAAAUUUUGUUUCUCUGAGCGAGAGGAAGAAACCAUCGAACAAGAGAACCGAAGAUUACUUUCUUCAGUAUCAGGAACUUUGAGUUCUUAUGGUGUUGUUGCUCAUGGCAUCCCAUCACUCGGUCCAUGUCAAAACUAUGGGAAAAUCUCAGUUCGCCUCCACCACAUGGGAGUUCAGUUUUGGAGUGAUGCUACUGUGGUUUAUGUCUCAAAGGGACCACUGGAUGUUGCACUUUUGCAGCUUGAUUGUGUUUCAUCGCAACUUUGUGCCAUCAAUCCUGAAUUUAAUUGCCCAUCUAUUGGUUUACCUGUGCAUGUUAUUGGGCAUGGUCUAUUUGGGCCUCAAUCUGACCUCUGCUCAUCUGUUUCUACUGGAGUUGUUUCACAUGUUGUUAGAUUACCAGGGCCUUUCCAUAUUGAAGAAUCUGGCAACAUGGAAAUUGAGAAAGCAAGUGUACCUGUGAUGCUUCAAACAACAGCAGCAGUCCAUCCAGGAGCCAGUGGUGGUGCUGUUGUCAAUUCAGAUGGUCAUAUGAUUGGAUUAAUAACAAGCAAUGCCAAGCAUGGUGACAGGAGUACCAUACCACAUUUAAAUUUUUGCAUCCCUUGUGCAGCAUUGCUGCCCAUAUUCAGGUUCUCAGACGAACGUAACUUCUCAAUACUAAAAGUUUUGGAUGAGCCCAAUGAUCUCUUAUCUUCUGUUUGGGCAUUGCUACCUCCAUCCGAAUUGCAAAAUGCCUCAGAUUCACAUAAGAACAACCACGAAAGCAAAGGAUCUCGUUUCUCCAAGUUCCUUGCAGAAAAGCAUUUGGGUGUUGAUGCUGAGAAAGGUCUAACAUAUCUUAUUAAGGAUAAGCCGCCAAGUAAGAUGUGAUUGAGAAUGGAAUGGAGAAUGCUGGAUUUGGAAGAUGCCUAUAUAUUCGGUAGGUAGAUGUAAUUGUGAAUAUGGAAGAUGUAUUCCAUAGGAUCAGGAUGUGUGAUGACAAAAGGGGAUCCAUCAUUACCUUUGUAUGUUUGUGCACCUUUUGAUGAUAUGCAUUUUUACCUUUCAUCGAAAAAGUAUAAGAAAGUAGUCUCAAGCAAUGAACAGAGAAUCAUGACUGUUUGAAAUCAAUUUUCAACUUGUAAAUUUGUGAUUGUAUUAAUGUGUUAUUUUGAUUGGUAAAUAAUCAUACAGAAAGCUGACAGUAUGUUGUCAA